GUUUGCGAAAGGUCUCACGGGCGAUGUAGUUUUGCUGUGACGCAGGUCAUUCCUGCCUGGCUAAAAACAAAAAACUGCGGAUGCUGGAAAUCCAAAACAAAAACAAAAUUACCUGGAAAAACUCAGCACUGUUGAAGGGCCAUGAGGACUCGAAACGUCAACUUUGUUCUUCUCCGCCGAUGCUGCCAUUCCUGCCUGGCUCCUGGCGAUGCCUUCGUGACUACAUGUCCCAUAGGGCGCCGCGGCAAGCCGCACCUGCGCACGGGAGACAAACGCCAGCGAGGGAGUUGAAGAUGGCGGCGGCCAGAGAGGCAUCUGAUUCAGACUCUGACAGCAUGGAGGAGCUGUCCCGACUGAAAGAGGCCGCUUGGGAUAUUGGCAAUAUCAAUUCCCACAAAGCAAGAGCUGGGACCAGUGAAGAUGUAAAGCAUAUUUCAGUAUUAACAAGACCAAGUCUGAGGCAGAAAGUAGAUGAUCACCAGAAUGAUGGAAAUGAGCUGCAGACAACACCUGAAUUCCGAUGUCAUGUUGCUAAAAAGCUGGGUGCCUUGUUAGAUAGUGUCAUAACUGUUCAUGAUUCUGGACCCUUUCCACAGCAGCAAGUAAGGGAUGAUGCUGAAGGCUUUCGUUUAUUUUCUACUUCUGUACCAGGGGAUUCCAGAAAUGUAGAAUCCUCAUCUCCAGUUAAACGAAAACCUCCACCCAGUUCAAGUGAUUCAGACAGUGAGUGGGAGCGGCUGAAGGAAGCGGCAGUCUCGAGCAGCGAUAUACUCCAGCAAAGUUCCCUCCUUAGCACGCGGUCAGAGACAAACCAGACCGAAGGCCCCAUCAAGGCUGAAGAUAAAGGAAAGAGGAAGAAGAAGAAAAAAAAGAAAAAGCUGGCAGCAGAAAGUGGGGAUAAUUUAGACACAGGCAGCGAUCGCAAAGAAGGUGAGCGAGUGUCCAAGGAAGGUAGCUUAUAUUCCAAUUCAAGAAAGAAAUCAAAGCAGAUGUGCAAGGUCCCAGCCAGUGGGCAGGGACAAACUGAACUUAUGGAUGGAACUACUGUGGGGCAAGGAUACUUUGAAAUGGAACAGGCUGACCUUGAAAGGAGCAAGAAGAAAAAAGUGAAACACAAAAAUGUCAAAUGUGAAUUUGAAAGAGUUAAACCAAAUGUUAACCAAACAAAGAAAAAGAAAAUCCCUGUCACAGAUGGUUCAUGACAGGACAGUACAGUUUUGCAGGCUCAUAUCUUUCAAAGUACAGUGUUUAUUUUGAGUAACGUUUUGCAAGAUCUUUUGUUCCUCUCAUUUUUGUGUACUUUUAUUUUGCCAAUUACUUUGAAAUAACUCUAUUCUCAAAAGAGAUGAGGAAGUAAUGAUUUCCUGCCUGCUGCUGGCCUGCCUCUGGGAGAAUGUCUUUGAAUGGAGAGCUGCUAGGCUGAUUCAGCUGAACUGUGUAUAAUGGACUGCCACUGGAGAGAAUUCUGAUCGUGGAACUCAUUGUUCCAUUUAUCUCCAACUUAGCUACCUGAAAUGAUAAUAGAUCCUUUAUUCAUUGGUUUGUAGACUUUCUUUGGUUUGAUUUAUAUUUGAAAUUUGAACUGCAACCAUUUCAGUUCAUUUUCUUUGGGUUUCAAAAGUAUUUUCAAUGUUCUGUUUUUUCAUUACAACAUUUUUAAAAAAUCUUUUGAAUCCA